CCCGGAUAACGGGAGUUAUUAUAAAACUGUAAAUAGAAUUCGAAUGAUCGUGCAAUGUUUUCUUGAUUAUUGAAAAUUCCGAGUCGAGUAUCCUCCCCCCUUUUCCCCUCUACUCGUCAUUUUAUUCCACACGAGGCCGUGGACGAACGUCUCUUUCCGUGAAUUCGUGCGCACUCGCGACGACCCGAGAAUCCAUGACCUACCGAUAGGCGACUGACCCGAAGAUAUGUAACAAGGUCGCAAGGCACAUGUCGCACGAGAAAAUACCCCACGAUUUAUAAAUUCCACAGUUUCUAGACUUACGUGAUUUCUUGCAUGUUUUCAUGUACGACCGGAUGAGCAAAAACAAAAUUUCACGCGCACAUGGAUUUACGCGAUGUUUUAUUUAUUUGUCUAUAAUUGAAUUGCUCACCGCUUUAGUUAAGAACUCGUCGCUUUUUUCUUCACUUUUCGUUCUACGAUUGCGUGUGCUACUUGUAUCUCGAAAAUGGGUCAAGAACUCAUGAGCUUCGAUAUGUUUAUCGUCUGUUUUUCGAGAUUUAACUCGCGCUAUUUCCCCUGAAUUAUUAUUCGUAUUGCUGUUCUCAGUCGGCUUUUAUCGUUAUAACGAGUAUUGCGAGGGGAUUGCGAUUUCGCGAUCCCCUGGAAAUUCCAUCAUUCCCCCUUUUUUCGGUGUACAACCGACGAGAUUUCGUCGAACACAUUCAAAAAUAAGACAUGGAAGUUUCAUGAUUUAUGUGCAAAUACGGAAACUACUUUUGAGACAAAGAAACCGAGUACGACCAUACGAUUUUUCAACCGCAUCGAAUAUUACACCGUACAUGGUAGCGAUGCCCUAUUCGCCUCUGAGGAAGUUUUCAAAACUACUUCAGCAUGCAAAAUGAUUGGAGGAGAACCGAACAAAAUCGAAGGAUUGAUCUUGAAUUUCGCAAGAUUUCAAAGUCUCGUUCGGGAUUUGCUGCUGGUUAAACAAUAUCGUGUGGAGGUGUACGUUAAUCAAGGAACAGCCUCGAAUCAAAAUUGGGUUUUGGAGUUCAAAGGUUCACCAGGCAAUUUGACGCAAUUCGAGGAAAUACUUUUCGGAGAUACGGAUGUCGCUGUCGGCGGUUCAAUAAUGGCGUUGAAACUUGGCAUGGAGGGAAAAAGCAGACUCGUUGGUGUCAGUAUCGUCGAUACAGUCGCGACUCUAAUUUCCGUCUGUGAGUUUCUCGACGAUGAAACUUUUUCCGAUUUAGAAGCUUUGGUUGUGACCAAUGGACCUAAAGAGUGUUUGGUAAUCCAAGGCGAUGGAAGUGCCGAAUUUCAAACCAUCAAACAAAUUAUGGAACGAAGCAACGUGAUGAUAACGCAAAGAAAGAAGAACGAAUUUUCCUCGGAUUCGAUCUUUCAAGAUUUGAACUCUUUAAUUAAAUUUGGAAAAGGUCAACAAGAGAACGCACAAGCCUUGCCGGAAACCAAUCUCAAAUCGGCCAUGUCCGCGACAGCAGCUCUUAUUAAAUAUUUGGAUUUAACAUCAGACGAUGGAAACAUGAAUCAAUAUAGUCUGAAGCAACUGGAACAAUCACGAUUCAUCCGUCUCGACGCCGCAGCGAUAAAAGCUCUGAAUAUCGAAGAACGAACCGAUUCAUUGCCUGCCCUCGUCGGAGACGGCCCGAGAAGCAUUCUCGGAAUCCUGAACAAAUGUCGAACACCCCAAGGACGUCGGCUGAUCGCUCAGUGGGUCAGACAACCUCUCAAAGAUUUAUCCCUCAUAAAAGAGCGUCAUGAUAUCGUGGAACAAUUGGUCAAUGAUUCCAAUUUACGAUCAUGUUUAAGCGAUGAUCAUCUUCAACGAAUACCAGAUUUACAACAAUUGGCGAAAAAAUUGAGCAGGAAAAAGGCUGGUCUCCAAGAUUGUUACAAAAUUUAUUUGUGCGUCUCGAACCUGCCUGUUUUACUGGAGAUUUUAUCGUCCAGUUCCCCAACGCCAGUAAUGAGGGCCAUGUUUGUUGAGCCAUUAACGGAGUUGAUCAGUGACAUGGAUAAAUAUCAACAAAUGGUCGAGCAAACAAUCGACAUCGAAGCAGCGCAAAAAAAUGAUUUUAUGGUCCGUGCAGAUUUCGACACAAACUUGCAAGAUUUGAAAGAAACGAUUGACGAACUCGAAGAAAAGAUGCAGGGUCAAAUAUCCAAGGUUGCCAAUGAUCUUGAUAUGGAAGCUGGCAAAACUUUGAAAUUCGAGUCGAAUCAACAGUACGGUUAUUUCUUCCGUAUUACAUUGAAGGAAGAAAAAAUAUUACGGAAUAGAAAAAAUUACACGAUCAUAGAUUCAAACAAAAGUGGUGUGAGAUUCCGAAAUUCAAAACUCACCGAAAUCAACGAGGAAUAUCUCGAUGCCAGGAACAAAUAUAUGUCCCAACAAAAGGCUGUCGUCUCGGAAAUCAUCGAGAUUGCAGCCGGUUACAGCGCUCCAGUGAAAUCAAUCGGCUCGCUAAUAGGGAAUUUGGAUGUUCUCACUGCGUUCGCUGUUGCAGCGGUUGGCGCCACGAAACAGUACGUACGUCCGGAAAUGUUACCGAGCGAAAAUGGUGAAUUCAAUCUUGUACAGGCUCGACACCCUUGUCUCGAGGCUCAAAAUUUUCGUUAUAAGGCGAACGAUGUUGCUAUGAAGAGAGAUGAGUCCCACUUUUAUAUCAUCACCGGACCGAACAUGGGUGGCAAAAGUACUUAUAUCAGAUCCGCCGGUGUUUGUGCUUUGAUGGCACAUAUUGGAAGUUUUGUUCCUUGUGACUCGGCUAAAAUUUCUUUACUGGAUUGUAUUUUGGCCAGAGUUGGUGCUGAUGAUUCUCAGACGAAGGGACUGUCAACUUUCAUGACUGAAAUGGUCGAGGCUGCCGCUAUUCUACGAAUGGCUACCAAGAAUUCUCUGGUGAUCAUUGAUGAACUCGGUAGAGGAACUUCCACGUACGAGGGCUGUGGAAUCGCCUGGUCGAUCGCAGAAUAUUUGGCAAAAGAGGUGAAAGCAUAUUGUCUGUUUGCCACACAUUUUCAUGAAAUAACGCGCCUUGCCGAAGACGUUCCAGCUGUAAAAAAUCGGCAUGUAACAGCAAACGUAACCGAUGACAAACUGACACUUCUUUAUUCCGUGAAACCGGGAAUUUGCGAUCAGAGUUUCGGGAUUCACGUCGCGAAAAUGGCUAAGUUUCCAGAAUCCGUAGUCGAGUUUGCCAAACGCAAGCAAGCUGAAUUGGAAGAUCAUCAGAAUGUAGUUUUUGAAGGCUCGGAAGUGCCAGAGAAAAAGAGAAAAACGAUUAAGGAAGGUGAAGAACUGAUAACCAACUUUGCCAAUAAAUGCAAAUCUCUCGACAAAAGUUUGUCAGAAUCGGCGCUCAAAACAGAGAUUCAAAAAUUGAAGGAUCAGAUUUUGACUCACAACAAUCCGUACAUAAAAGCGUUACUUGGAGUGUCAUAAUUCUAUAAAUGGCUGGAUCCAUAUUUCCUGUUUCAUCAAACCGCAGUAUUUUUUAUAUUUAUUCUGUUACAUUAGCACAUCCACAAAUAAGAGUCUUUUCUACGUUUGUAUAUUUAUGAAAUACUAUUCGAACCCCUGUGUCCGUGUCCCGCGUGUGUAAAUAAUGGAAUGAUUUUUUUCAACGAUCUAUAGUGAAAAUGGUAAAAAAAAAAAAAAAAUUUCAAAACUCAUUACCAAGCGAUCAGAAACUUUGCGAUUGAUCCGAAAACACAAUAAACUAUAUUUUUCCUGUAAUUCUAUUACAUUGCAGAAUCGAGGAUGAAUAAAAAUCUUUUAACAGA